AUGUCCUCCCCCUCGUCCUCCUCUGCGGGCUUCGUCCCCACAUUCACCAUGGGCGACUAUGGACGCUUCUUGGCCGCUGGAGGUCUUUGCGCGACGAUCACGCAUGGAGCGAUGACUCCCUUCGACGUCGUCAAGACGAACUUGCAGUUCCUGCCAAAGGGAUCGCCCGACGCAAGCAUGCUGCGCAUGACGCGCAAGAUCAUAGCGACGGAUGGAACCGCGGGCCUGUUUCGUGGGUUUGCUCCAACUGCGAUGGGCUAUCUCAUUCAGGGUGGUGCAAAAUACGCAGGAUUCGAGGCCUUCAAACGACAGUUCGCUCUAGCUGCUGGCAGCAAGGAGGAGGCGCAAAAGCAUCGCCUCGCCAUCUACUUCACCGCAGCUGCGGCCGCCGAGUUCAUCGCCACGACCCUCCUCACGCCGUUGGAGGCAGCUCGCAUCCGUCUCGUCUCGUCCAAGGACUACGCCAACGGCCUCGUAGGCGCCCUAGGACGCAUGACCAGCGAAGGAGGCGUUGGACAGCUCUACGCAGGAUAUGCGCCCAUCCUCUGCAAGCAGAUCCCCUUCUCCAUCGCCCAAUUCGCCGUCAACGAGAGCCUACACGAGUUUGUCAACACCAACCAGACGCUGCGCAAGCUCAGCAAGGACGGCGGCAAAGCCGGCGAAGUCUCCGUCCAGCUCGGCUGCGGCAUGGGAGCAGGAGCAGCAGCGGCCGUCGUCAGCCAUCCGGCCGACUUUCUCCUCUCCAAGAUCAACCAGGGAAACGGCGGAAAGGGCGGGUCAGCUAUGAGCAAGCUCCUCACCCUCGCGGGCGAGGCGGGCAUCUUUGGCGUCUGGCAGGGUUUGGGCGCCAGAGUCAUCAUGACUGCAGGCCUCAUCUCUGCGCAGUUUGCGAUCUACGGCCAGAUCAAAUCUGCUCUUGGAGCUCCCAAUGGAGUGGACAUUGCAAAGGCCGAUGGGGAUGCGGAGAAGAGCGGUUGA